UGAUUGCCCAUCUACGUUCCUCUGGCCAUGUUCUCGCGCGUCGUCGCACGUGUAGGUGUACGCUGUUGCUUUGUGAGUCAGCAAAAAGGGAAGGGAUUCGGUGAUAAUUUGUUGCAGCGGCUGUUACUGGCGAAUAUUAUCGUCGGGAACGGCAAGCAGGUCGCGUGUUAUAGUGAGAAAAAAGUCGCGAGCGAAUCGAGCCGAGCGACGAUGUCGAGCAAUGAGAAGAAGCCGUUUCGCCGUCUGCCGACGACUGUGCGUCCCUAUCAUUACGAUAUUACGCUGACGCCAAAUCUCUCCACUUUUACCUUCGACGGCACGGAGAACGUGUACAUUGAUGUAAACUCUGCAACCAACACUGUUGUCUUAAAUUCUUUAGAAAUUAAUAUAAAGAAUGCAACAUUCAAUGGAAAUGAUGGUAAGGUCAUUUCUGCUGAUAAAAUUGAUUUGUCGACAUCGGAAGAAACAUCCACUUUAGUGUUUCUUGAAAACCUACCCCUUGGUAAGAGUGGAUACUUGAAUUUUGAUUUUGUGGGCGAAAUCAAUGACAAAAUGAAAGGUUUCUAUAGGAGCAAAUAUUGUGGAGAUGAUGGCAACAUUGAACAUGCAGCAGUUACUCAGUUUGAACCAACGGAUGCUAGACGUUGUUUCCCAUGUUGGGAUGAACCAGCACUCAAAGCUACAUUUGACAUUACUCUAAAAAUACCUGUUGGUCUUACAGCACUUUCUAAUAUGCCGGUGAAAAACACAAUUACAAAUGGCAAUUACGAAACAUUGACUUUCGAGAGAACGCCAAUUAUGUCGACGUACUUAGUUGCAGUAGUGGUGGGUGAGUUUGAUUAUAUAGAAGACAAGUCUAGUGACGGUGUGUUAGUUCGGGUUUACGUACCCAAAUCUAAAAAGGAACAGGGCCAGUUUGCACUGGAAGUAGCGACUAAAGUCCUGCCCUACUACAAAACCUACUUCGGUAUAGCGUACCCUUUGCCGAAGAUCGAUCUCAUUGCAAUCUCCGAUUUUUCGUCUGGUGCUAUGGAGAAUUGGGGUCUGGUCACGUAUCGUGAGACUUGCCUCCUCGUGGAUCCACAAAACACAUCAGCGGUGCGCAAACAAUGGAUCGCAUUGAUAGUAGCGCACGAACUGGCGCAUCAGUGGUUCGGUAAUCUCGUCACGAUGGAAUGGUGGACGCAUCUGUGGCUAAACGAAGGCUAUGCGUCAUUUGUCGAGUUUCUCUGCGUGGCACAUCUAUUCCCCGAGUACGAUAUUUGGACGCAAUUCGUAACAGACACGCACAUCCGAGCACUGGAAUUGGAUGCCCUGAAAAACAGCCAUCCUAUCGAGGUACCCGUCGGUCAUCCGUCGGAGAUCGACGAGAUCUUCGACGACAUAUCAUAUCACAAGGGAGCCUCUGUGAUUCGCAUGUUGCAUGCGUAUAUAGGUGACGAUGACUUCAGAAAGGGCAUGAAUCUGUACCUGAAGCGGCACAGCUACGCUAAUGCGGAGACGGAGGAUCUCUGGGCUGCAUUAGAGGAGGCCAGUAACAAGGCUGUGCGUAACGUCAUGUCGUCGUGGACCAAGCGACAAGGCUUUCCCAUUGUCAAAGUAGAUUACAGCCAAGAAGGUGAUAACAGAAUCCUGUCGCUGUCUCAAUGUAGAUUUUUGGCCGACGGGUCGAUGGACACUGCGGAAGACGUAUGGAUCAUACCGAUAAGCGCGAGCUCGUCGCAAGAUCCGAAUAAGACAAUAUUCAACGGAAUAUUAGACGCCAAAACGAGGAGAUUCGUGAUUGAGAAUGUACCGGAGGAUGCAUGGUUGAAGAUCAAUCCCGGCACCGUCGGCUUCUACCGAACUCGUUAUAGUCAUUCCGCUCUGUCGCUUCUCUUACCCGCGAUCAAGGAUCACACCUUGCCUCCUUUGGACAGAUUGGGUCUGCUGGAUGACCUCUUCGCCAUGGUGCAAGCCGGCCACGCGUCCACCGUGGAGGUUCUCGAGCUCAUGCAAGCAUUUCAACGUGAGGACAACUUCACGGUAUGGUCUAGCAUAGUGAACACCUUGAGCAAGAUCGGCGUGUUAGUUUCGCACUUGGAAUUUGAGGAUUCUUUCAAGGCGUUCGGACGCAAUCUAUUUCGCGACAUUAACAACAGGUUAGGAUGGGAUUCUAAGCUGAAUGAGAGCCACUUGGACACGUUGCUCCGGUCCCUCGUGUUAGGUCGUAUGGCGGCUUUGAACGACCAGGAUACCAUCCAAGAGGCGAAGAGGAGGUUCGAGCUCCACGUAAAUGGUACGACUCUCGUUGCCGAUUUGCGUAGUCCGGUUUAUCGUGCCGUGCUAUCCGUGGGCGAUUUAGAUACAUAUGAAACUAUGAUAAAACUCUACAAAGAAGCUGAUCUUCAUGAGGAGAAGGACAGGAUUCUGAGAGCGCUGGGCGCGAUCAAGGAUGAGGUGUUGCUGUUGAAGGUCUUGGAUUUCGCCAUGAGCGACGAGGUGCGCGCUCAGGACACCGUGUUCGCUAUCAUGUCCGUGGGUAUGACGUACAAGGGACGCCUUAUGGCGUGGAACUUCUUCAAGGAGAACUGGAAGACGCUGCUGGACCGUUACGAGGGUGGCUUUCUGCUGGCCAGAUUGGUGAAAUUCACCACGGAGAACUUCGUCACCGAGGAACUUGCCAAAGAUGUGGAGAACUUCUUCGAAGGUCACCCGACCCCGGGUACCGAGAGAACGGUGCAACAGAGCGUGGAGUCCAUCAGACUGAACGCCGCGUGGCUCGCCAGAGACAAAGACUCGAUCCGAAAGUAUCUGACCACUCAAGUUUAGUAAAUGCGAUCUUCACGUUUUCCUCGUUACCAUUAAUCAGACAUAAUCGGAAACCGUGCGAAGGCGAAUUUGUAUUAUCGCACGAAGCGUCUUACUCGGUAUUGCUUAAAUAUUGCCGAAGCGGCGUCAAUUAGGCGACAGGGACGGUCUCUCGUAUACGAGAUAAUCCGCAAUAAUCUGGUACGAAUCAUGUGUGUGUGUGUGUGUGUGCACGCUUAACGGAACUUAACGCGAAUUCAACGUUGCUUUCAACAUACGGUCGAGAAUUCUUUCGAGAGCGAAAACGAGUGGGAAGAUACCGUUUUGUAUACCUGUUAUACCUCACGACCGACGAGUCAUCUUGAGCUAAUGCAGCAUUUUACAGUGUUCUUAUACUUUCUAACUUUUGAUCGGUAUUGUAGAUUAGUCGUUUGUUAUCGAAGGAUGAGAUUUUCAAAAUAUCCAGGGCAUCAUUUCUUGGUCUUUAUAUUUCGAGUGGGGUCCUUAUCGAACGACAUCGAAUCUUUAUCGUUUCAACCAUAGUUAUUAAAAUUCAAGUUAUUUCUUAUUGCUGUUAUAUCGAGAUAAACUUUUGUUUCUUUUAACGAAACAGUGUUCUCAGUGUUAUCAUCCGAUUAAGACUAAAAUACCAGUUAAGAGUUAAUUCCGUUUAUAUUGUUAUUUACUCAUGUAUUACGAUCCAUUUGAGUUAUGUACUCCGGAUUUUAGAAACAAGUUAGUCCGACAGUGUUUUCAUGGUAUGAAGAAAUUACACGAUUUGCUGCGAUAAAGAAGAGAAUUUCUUUCACAUGCGCUUGCAGAAACACAUACGAUCCGAUUUGAAAAUCAGAUGAAUUGAUUUCAAACGGGAGAUCAGCAAUUUUGUUCAGCGUAUCUAAUCGGUACGCGUAACGGCGACUUAUUUUAUGGAAUAAAAUGCGACUUAAGAAAGAACCGUCUUGGAGAAUAUAUAAUUAAGGGCUUGCGAGUUGGUGUUGAAUAGUGGUCGUUACCUUUGCCGAUUGGACAGGGGUGUUGCUGGCACUUCUCAAUUGACACGAAUGUCACAAAAGCGUUUAGAAAAUUUUGCAUAUGUUUGAAACAUCGUGAAAAGUGUCGAGAGAAAUAUUUGUUAUAUUUUUUUAGAUGAUGUAAUUUAUAAAAUUUCCUAAACCUUUCAGAUCGUCUUCGCGUAUCUUUCGGACAUUUUUUUUUUUAUAAUUUUUCAAGAAUUCCUCGGAUUUCUUGAAUUUCUGUUAUUGCUAUUUUGGUUAUUGCGUUAUCACUGAUAAUAAACAGCGCGCACUACUAUUACCUCGUUAGUGGUACCUCAUGAGCGGCUUCAUCCACGAAUCAGCACCAGCUUCCGAGUCCUGUACAUAACUUAUUAUGUAAUCCAUUGAUAUGUACAAAUUACAAUCUAUAAUAUAGACGAUGAGGUUGUUUAUUUGAAAUAUUGAUAUUAAAUGCAGUAUACGUGCCAUAAUCAUUUUAAACACAUCGGUUGUCACUCCUCCGCUUGUAUUAGAAGAAA